GAUAGUAAUAUACUCAGUAUGCCCUGGUCAAGCAUUUCAGCUCUGCUUGCAGCCAUUUAAUAUUGCACUAAGACUGCACUGUCACAGCUGACUAAAUUGAUGUUGCGCUCAAACAGACACUCUCUCUCUGUGAAUCCGUUUAGGAAAAGAGUGAGGAGAGAGAGAGUGAAAGGAGGAAAUAAGAAAAGGUGGAAUGAAAGGGGAGAGAGAGAGGAGAGAAGGAGGGGAACAGAGGCGGUGCAAGAGCAAGAGUUAGAAAAAAGAAAGGGGUAGAUGCAUGAGUGAAAGAAGAAGGAAGAUGCAAGAGAAUAGAGUGGGAAGAGACAGAGGGAAAGGAGGAAGGAAAGGGCUGUAGGUGGUGACAGAACAGAGAUGUAAUGGAGGGAUUCUGGUAACAGAACAGAGGUGUGAUGGAGGGAUUCUGGUAACAGAACAGAGGUGUGAUGGAGGGAUGCCUGUAACAGAACACAGGUGUGAUGGAGGGAUUCCGAUAACAGAACAGAGGUGUGAUGGAGGGAUUCUGGUAACAGAACAGAGGUGUGAUGGAGGGAUUCUUGUAACAGAACAGAGGUGUGAUGGAGGGAUUCUGGUAACAGAACAGAGGUGUGAUGGAGGGAUGUCUGUAACAGAACAGAGGUCUGAUGGAGGGAUUCUGGUAACAGAACACAGGUGUGAUGGAGGGAUUCUGGUAACAGAACAGAGGUCUGAUGGAGGGAUUCUGGUAACAGAACACAGGUGUGAUGGAGGGAUUCUGGUAACAGAACAGAGGUGUGAUGGAGGGAUUCUGGUAACAGAACAGAGGUGUGAUGGAGGGAUUCUGGUAACAGAACAGAGGUGUGAUGGAGGGAUUCUGGUAACAGAACAGGGGUGUGAUGGAGGGAUUCCGAUAACAGAACAGAGGUGUGAUGGAGGGAUUCUGGUAACAGAACAGAGGUGUGAUGGAGGGAUGUCUGUAACAGAACAGAGGUCUGAUGGAGGGAUUCUGGUAACAGAACACAGGUGUGAUGGAGGGAUUCUGGUAACAGAACAGAGGUGUGAUGGAGGGAUUCUGGUAACAGAACAGAGGUGUGAUGGAGGGAUGCCUGUAACAGAACAGAGGUCUGAUGGAGGGAUUCUGGUAACAGAACAGAGGUGUGAUGGAGGGAUUCUGGUAACAGAACAGAGGUGUGAUGGAGGGAUUCUGGUAACAGAACAGGGGUGUGAUGGAGGGAUUCCGAUAACAGAACAGAGGUGUGAUGGAGGGAUUCUGGUAACAGAACAGAGGUGUGAUGGAGGGAUGUCUGUAACAGAACAGAGGUCUGAUGGAGGGAUUCUGGUAACAGAACACAGGUGUGAUGGAGGGAUUCUGGUAACAGAACAGAGGUCUGAUGGAGGGAUUCUGGUAACAGAACACAGGUGUGAUGGAGGGAUUCUGGUAACAGAACAGAGGUGUGAUGGAGGGAUGCCUGUAACAGAACACAGGUGUGAUGGAGGGAUUCCGAUAACAGAACAGAGGUGUGAUGGAGGGAUUCUGGUAACAGAACAGAGGUGUGAUGGAGGGAUUCUGGUAACAGAACAGAGGUGUGAUGGAGGGAUUCUGGUAACAGAACAGAGGUGUGAUGGAGGGAUUCCGAUAACAGAACAGAGGUGUGAUGGAGGGAUGCCUGUAACAGAACAGAGGUGUGAUGGAGGGAUUCCGGUAACAGAACGAAGGUGUGAUGGAGGGAUGCCUAUAACAGAACAGAGGUGUGAUGGAGGGAUUCUGGUAACAGAACAGAGGUGUGAUGGAGGGAUUCCGAUAACAGAACAGAGGUGUGAUGGAGGGAUGCCUGUAACAGAACAGAGGUGUGAUGGAGGGAUUCCGGUAACAGAACGAAGGUGUGAUGGAGGGAUGCCUAUAACAGAACAGAGGUGUGAUGGAGGGAUUCUGGUAACAGAACACAGGUGUGAUGGAGGAAUGCCUGUAACAGAACAAAGGUGUGAUGGAGGGAUGCCUAUAACAGAACAGAGGUGUGAUGGAGGGAUUUCGGUAACAGAACAGAGGUGUGAUAGAGGGAUUUCGGUUACAGAACAGAGGUGUGAUGGAGGGAUUCCGGUAACAGAACAGAGGUGUGAUGGAGGGAUGUCUGUAACAGAACAGAGGUCUGAUGGAGGGAUUCUGGUAACAGAACACAGGUGUGAUGGAGGGAUUCUGGUAACAGAACAGAGGUGUGAUGGAGGGAUUCUGGUAACAGAACAGAGGUGUGAUGGAGGGAUUCUGGUAACAGAACACAGGUGUGAUGGAGGGAUUCCGGUAACAGAACAGAGGUGUGAUGGAGGGAUUCCGGUAACAGAACAGAUGUCUGAUGGGGGGAUAACAGUAACGGAACAGCUGUAUGACAGAGGGAUAUCUCAAACCGAAAAGAAGUGUGAUGGAGAGAUAACAGGAGAGAAUAGAGGUGUGGUGAGGGAGAGGAAGAGCACACUAGCAUGA